CUCUCGACGCUCCUUCAUUCAGUGACGGUGGAGCUGUCCGUGGUCCUAACGGCCCAAGACGCAGCCACUGACGGGUUCUGGUCAUUGCGUAAAUGACAGCUGAUAGCAUUAUGUCAGUGAUCAAAGUGGAAAGUAACCUCAGAAACACAAGCUAAAGAAUGCACAGGCCUUCAGUGAGAUUGCCAGAUCUUUAAGAUGUCAAUGGUGUUGUUUGCCUCUGUGGUUCGGGUUGGGGACGGCCUGCCUCUCUCUGCAUCUACCGACUAUGAGCAGGAUAAAGAACUUCAGGAAACCAAGAAGCAUCUCAAAGCUCUCUCCAAAAAACUCAGCCAGUUUCCCGACCGCUGUACCCUUAAAACUGGACCGUACAAUGUCAAUUUCACAAGCUCACUAGGUGUCGGGUAUCUGAUGGUGUGCACUGCAAAUUACCCUAAUGUGCUGGCCUUCUGCUUCCUGGAUGAGCUGCAGAAGGAGUUUAUUGUCACCUAUGACCCCAAACGAAUCAGCAGCGCUGUGCGGCCAUACUCUUUCAUUGAAUUUGACACCUUCAUCCAGAAGACCAAACAGCGUUACAACAGCCCUCGUUCUCUGUCCACCAAGAUCAACCUGGCUGACAUGCAGACAGAGAUCAAGCUGCGACCGCCCUAUCAGCUCUCCCAUGAGGAUCUGCGAGCUAUCAAUGGGUUCUCUGUGCACACAUCCUCCAAGUACAAGGGCAUAGCCCCCACACAGAUGUUGGAGCCAGUCACUCUCCCAGGCAUCGUGUCCUGUGUACUCAGUGUUCUCUGUGGAGGCCUGAACCUGCUGCGAGGAGUCCACGCAAUAGAGAGCAUUCUGCAGAAUGACGAUGAAGAUUUUAAUUAUGUGAUUGCCUUCUUCCUCGGCACAGCAGCCUGUCUGUAUCAGUGCUACCUGUUUGCCUACUUCUCUGUCUGGAGGAACAGUAAGUCCUUCCUGGCGUUUGCACUCAUCUGUCUGUCCAACAUGUAUCUGUAUGAACUGAGGAACAUGUGGCAGAUCCUCUUCCAUGUGGCGGUGGGCGCCUUCAUGGCGCUGCAGAUAAAACUGAGGCAACCUCUGGGCAAAGCGCCGGACUAUAAUGUCUGACACAAACUUUAAAGGACAAGUGGACUUUCCAUCAGAUGUUUCGCAUAUGCCCUGGAAAUGCAGCAGAAGACGGCGCCACAGCUCUAGCCAGUCUGAGGACGAAUCGGCAACCAAAAAAAUGUCUUUCCAGUGCAGGAGUAAAAAAAAUGUAUUCAGUGGCACAAUAGUCCUUGCUCAAUGCCAGCAGAUCUGAGCUUGAAAGUCAGCAGCAACUUUAAAUGAAUUGUGGUUUGUUCACGAUUUUCAGAUAAAUAUGUCUACGUUUGCUUCCUGUCAUUGCUGCCAUAGUUUAAGUCAGAGUCUUGCAUACUGCAUGUCCAGUUUUUCAAAGCUCAGUUCUUCCAGCACCCAUAGACCCUCUAAAGUCUAGUCUAAAACACAACCAACACCACAUCUAUGAUAUCUUUACUUUGAAGAAUGUAACUGUUUUUCUUUAAAGGUAUUAAGCGAAACCUAUCAAAACACAUCAUUAUAAGUAGCUCUAAAAAAAAAAAAAACAGUAAAUAUUUGUUAAAAUUACAACUAACCUACAGUAUACUCAGUGCAAAGCAUGUUACAUGCUCAAGCCUAUGAUGCAUAACUCAAUCCAUGUGAGUAGAAUCUAACAAAAAGUAUUAAAAAAUUACAGAAAUGAAAAAUUAAAUAUACAAUUUGAUAUCUUUAUCUGACAUUUUCCCCAUCUUGUUUUUACUUUACCCACUUCCUGCUUUUAUCCAGUUACUUUAUUUAUUAAUUUUCUUCCCGUCACAUGCACCUUUUGAACAUGUCCCCUUGGUAAGCUGACAUGAUGCACGACUCUGGUUAACGUCUUGAUUUAAAACUAUGCAAUGCUGCCUCUUCUACGUGUAUCACAGUUUGGGCGUUUUCUGUAUUCAGGAGCCAACUGUUAUAUCUAAUGUUGCUCAUAUUUGUUUUUUGUAUGUUUGUAUUUUGUGGACAGCUCAUUUUUUGCUAUUUAUUUACUGAUUGUUCACUGGCAUGUGUUCAGUUAAGAUUUAUAUAAAUUGUAUUUGUUUUAUGGUCACUUUUUUUUUCAUUAGUGUUAUUGUUGUUGUUUUUUUGCAUUAACUUGACACAAACUCCUGCUGCAUCAGACGCAAACUGCCUGCUAGUAUUUAUUCCCUACUUGCUCACUUACACAGCCUCCAGGAUGGGCCACUGUCAUGUGACUAUGUUAAUGAAGAGUCUGUGUUGGCAGCGAUGUGAUGUCGAGGCCAGAGGCAGUGUGUAUCAUCUGAGCAGCCUCUGGUUUGUUUUUCCCCCCACCGAGCCCCUUGGUUAAGUCAUGGCUGUAUCUGCCAGUUAGUAGGACGGACAAAAAAAAUCUCUCUUUGCUUGUAUUGUGGAAAUUACCACAACAUUCACAUUUAGAAUAUUACAUGGUGUGAGCUGUGUUUGGGAAGUUAUGUGAAGAUUUCUUGGCUUCCUGCAAUAUCCCAGCAAACGGGGGAGGGUAUAGAGAUGAGUCAUGCCUUUAUUCAUUGUUCAUACGUAGCCGUAACAGUUGUGCCAAUAUAGUCAUAUUGUUUCUUCACUGGAUUGAGUUAAAAUGGAAAGAAAAUGAGUUAAGCCACGCAACUGUGCGCCAUGUCCAUCUGGCAUCUGCACUACAGAUCUCAUCGGGGACUGCAGCCGUGUAUGAUUCAUGAUUGCACUCUCUGAAUGUUCUCUGCUUUCCAACAGCGGCACCACACCUACAUGACCUAAUAGUUCUUUUCACAAUGUGGCUCUAACUUGAUUGGAUCUGAAUUGUGCUUCACUGGCUCAGAUAGUCUGUGUCUACAGUCUCUUCUCCACAGCAGCUACAGGAGACGUGUGUUGUGUAAAACAGGAAAAAUGAAGUUCACGGCUACUCUACUGGUUUAUGUAAAAAUGGAAAAAGAAUGUGAUCCCCCCCCCAGAUCUUUAAAACACCAGGAUUGACUGCUUGCAAUUUGUUGUAUGUGUUGCAUCCCCAGUUUUGUUUGCACAGUAGUACGGACAUUUAAAGUGUAUCCAGAGUUUAAUUCACAAAAUGGAAUGUUGGACAAGCAAGGCUCUGCUAUGAAGUGAGAAAUGUUUUUGGAAAACUGGAUUUAAAGCAUAUCUGAGACCAGAAGUGCUUCCAUAUUGUCCAUUUUUUUGUCACUCACGUAACAUGGUUAGUUCUUUUAAUUCCAUUUGAAAUGCAGCACACUGCACAUAUCACUGUGAUAAUGGUGAUAUAUCAAUUAGCUCUUCAAAGAAUAAUGCAAUGUGAUGAUGUCAUAAAGAAGCAUACGUGCUCGUAGUAUUGUGAUAAUGGUAAUUGAUGUUAUUUGUGUCUGCCUUAUUGUAAGGGACAGCAAUUUCCUCCAUGUGCAGACUAAUGGACUGUAAAAGUAUGUGGGUUUAAUGUCAAACCGGUGCUCCAGGUGUAAAUUGCAGACCACUUGAAGGACGAUUUGAACUCACCAUGCUUCGAGUGAAUGUCAUUGGUAAUAACGUUUUUGUGGGGAACGCUCACACCAUCAGGGUGCUCGCAGUUUGGCUGUUCAAAAAAGGUCAAAAUCCUUAAGACUGUGUGUUUGUUCCAGUGUGUGGUUGAGUUGCUCUGGAAAAAGCCAGACAGAAACUCGUGUGCCUCAUGGCAGCAGCUCAAAUUCUUACAUGUUCUUUACGUUAUUUGGUUUAAAUGGAGAGAAUGAGAUUUUAAUUCAAUCGAGUAUUGACUCGAAAAGUGAGUCUGCUGCACACUGAAUAGCCAGUGAUUUCACUUGUGUAUAUUAGAGCUGUAGAUAGAUGACUUGUCACUCAGGGUUUUAAUCAGCACAUCAUCAUGUUGCUCUAUUCCCGUCUGUCAAUGAGAGCAAGACAAAGCAUCUCAUGAACAAACCUGAUGAUGUAGUACUGGUGCCAUCUGUUGGUAGGCUACAGUAACACAUGAGCACAGGUCCAAAUCAUGCUGAUGGGUUUUCAGGUAAGCUUUAAAAAGUCGUGUUUCUCACUGGAACUGUCCCCUAGUUCCAGCAUUACAUCCAUGUGACUGAUGAAUUUAUAGGAAGUAAUGUAAGUGUUUCAACUGGAAUCUUAUUAAACUAUUUCAGGUUC